AUGAGCCCUUCCAAGACAGAUAAUGCCAGUAGUAGUGCGCCGACCUCAGCGGACAAACCGGUGCUCCUGAGGCAGAAGGCCAACGAGGCGUCAGUACCAAAAAUUGCCACAUUCAAAGAAGCCAUGGAUAGGAUACCAUUUCUGAGUUUGAGUGGCCUGCCGUUGACCGGUGCUGAUGGAGGAGCCCAUUGGGGUUAUCCCGACUAUAGCGAAAAUGAAGAAUUUCCAAAAUGGGGAGGGGUUUGUGAUAGCGGCACCCGCCAAUCGCCCAUCAAUUUAAGUCUGAGAGGUGCCAUUAAGGGUGUCUAUGAGAAAUUGGAGGGUGAUAAUCAUGAUAAGACCAUUACAGAGGCCUCACUGGUCAAUACAGGACAUUCUGUUCAAAUGUCCGAUUUCGAUGUCGAUUUGGAAUUGGAGGGUGGCCCGCUCAAGGAUGACUAUGUCUUGGAACAGAUACAUUUCCAUUGGUGGUCAGAGCAUACCAUUGAAAAUGUCCGUUAUCCCUUCGAAAUGCAUAUGGUCCAUCGUAAUAAGAAAUAUCCCAAUAUGACUGUGGCGAAUUUGAAUAAGGAUGGUUUGGUUGUCAUGGGUGUGUUGUUCCAUGCCUCGUUGGAACGUAAUCGUGUUGUGGAUGACAUUUUGGCGGAUUUUGUUCCCAUUAUGAGUUAUGAACAGAUUAAUAUGCCCAUUAAAAUUAAGACAAAUUUCAAAAUGACCGAUUUGGUGCCAGCCAUUACUAGCUAUAUUACCUAUGAGGGUUCAUUGACCACACCCUCGUGUAAUGAAGUUGUAACAUGGAUCGUGCUGGCCGAAACAUUCCCCAUUGGCAUUGAUCAGGUCGAAGCCUUUAAAUCAUUGGAAUAUGAACGUGGAAAAACACUGGCCAAUAAUUAUCGCGUCAUCCAAAAGACCAAUGAUCGGGCCGUUAUCAUCGUCACCAAUGAGUUCAGAAAAGAUUCAGGAAAUGGUUCAGGCUCAUUGAAAUCCACUGGAUCGGUGACAGCCCUGCUUGUCGUAGCUGGAUUAUUGUUUAAAUAUUUCAAUUGA